UCUCUACUUCCUCUCCCUCCAUUAUUUUCCAUCAUCACUUGGCCCAUAAAAUUCCACCCAUUAUUGCCUUCACAAAUCUCUUCAGUUCAUCCCCACUUUCCCUCUACACACUCUCGUUGUCAAAUAAUGGAGCAGAUCAACUUCUCGUACAAGUUCGGGGAGAAACAGGGGGCCGCCGUUGAGGAAUUGGAGGCUGCUAAGUCCGAUAAGCCGGUCACCGCUUACCCGCCGGCUGAUUUAGGCUACGUCUAUCCUCCACCGGCGCCGCAGCACCAGUAUUUCGGUCACCCUCCGGCAGCGCCAGCUGGAUACGGGUACUACCCGCCGCCACCUCCAGAUAGUUACGUUAUGUGUACCCGCCUGGGUACGGUUAGCCACCGGUUCAGCCAGCCGGCGGGUAUGUUUACCUGCCGGUGGUUGUGCCGCAGCCGCCGCAACAACAGGAGAAGAACAAGUUUUGGAGGGCAAUCACGGGGUUAGAAGCGGGAUUGCUGGGAGGAACUAUUGGCGCGCUUUUGAUCGGAGAUAGGGCGUCCGACGUGGGGGCUUAUGAUGUUGGGUACGGUGCCGGCCGGUUCGCCGAUGCCGGAGGAUUUGGGUUCUAGAAUAUUUGGUUUUCUUAUAUGUUAGGUAAACUUGUUGUUGGUUAUCCAAGGUUGGUGAAUGUCUCCGGCGUACUUACAUUAGAGAAAUGUGCAUGUUGCUUAAAUGGUGUCAGUAGUUGAGAGUCGAAGUGAUUUGGCCUUUCAUCACGUCCAUUAUCUUGCUGAUGGCC